GUCACUCUUUCAUUCAUUUACAAGUGUAUCGUUAAGGAAGAGACCAGCAGGGAAAAUGCCAUAUGAACCGAAACAUGUAUUUGCCAGUCUACCACAGAUGGAAAGGGGAUUUUCAAAGGUGAUUGGUGGGGAUCCUAAAGGCAACAAUUUCCUGUAUACCAAUGGGAAGUGUGUCAUCAUCAGGGACAUUGACAACCCUGCGAUCGCAGAUAUUUACACGGAACAUGCCCACCAAGUUAUUGUUGCCAAGUAUGCCCCCAGUGGAUACUACAUUGCAUCAGGAGAUGAAUCUGGGAAGCUCCGCAUCUGGGACACCACUCAGAAGGAGCACAUGCUCAAGUACGAGUACACCCCUUUUGGGGGCAAGAUCAAGGACAUUGCAUGGACAGAAGACAGCAAGAGGAUUGCUGUUGUUGGAGAGGGACGAGAGAAGUUUGGGGCUGUGUUCCUGUGGGAUUCUGGCUCCAGUGUGGGGGGAGUUAACGGCCACUCCAAGUUAAUCAACUCUGUUGACAUCAAGCCGAGUCGCCCGUACCGUAUGAUCACCGGCAGUGAUGAUGCCUUCUCUGUCUUCCACGAGGGGCCUCCCUUCAAGUUCAAGUUAACAUUACGUAAUCACAGCCAGUUUGUAAACUGCGUCCGCUACGCUCCCAAUGGAGAUCAUUUUGCCACAGCUGGUGCUGAUGGCCAGAUUCACGUCUAUGAUGGAAAAACUGGUGAUCAUGUUGCCUCCCUGGGUGGAGCGAAGGCCCACAAUGGAGGAAUCUAUGCUAUCAGUUGGAGUCCUGACAGCUCCCAGCUGAUCUCUGCCUCGGGGGACAAGACGGUGAAGCUCUGGGAUGUUGGCGCAGGUACAGCUGUCAGCACCUUCAACAUGGGCACUGAAGUGACUGCUCAGCAGCUGGGCUGCCUGUGGCAGAAAGACCACCUCCUCAGCAUCUCCCUGUCAGGAUACAUCAACUACCUGGACAAGAACAACCCUGACCGGCCCAUACGCACCAUUAAGGGUCACAGCAAAUCCAUCCAUUGUCUGACAGUUCAUAAAAGUGACGGGCGAUCAUACAUCUACUCGGGGAGUCACGAUGGACACAUCAAUUACUGGGAUGCAGAAACGGGAGAGAACGACUGCUUCUCUGGUAAGGGCCACAGCAACCAGGUGACCAAGAUGGUGACCGACGGAGCUGAUGACCUGGUGACAUGCAGCAUGGACGAUACGCUGCGCUUCACCAACCUCAAUAAGAAGGAUUACAGUGCGUCUGAUGUGGUGAAGAUGGACACACAACCCAAAAGUGUGACUGCAGUAGCAGGAGGCGUGUCACUGGCUGUGGGCAUUGAGCAGAUUGUCUUGCUGAAGGAUAAGAAGAAAGUCUUCACAUUGGAAAAUCUUGACUACGAACCACAGGUCGCAGAUAUCCAUCCUGGUGGCACGACUGCUGCAGUGGGGGGUAAUGAUGGAAAGAUCCGCCUGUACUCCAUUGAAGGCAACACUCUGAAGUUAGAAGACCAAGUACUGGAUGUCUCGGGGCUGGUCACAGGCUUGGCCUACUCAAAUGAUGGAGCCUAUCUGGCUUCCAUUGAUGAGAAGAGAGCUGCCACACUCUUUACUGUGGCCGACGGCUACUCGGUUAAAAAUACGUUUCACGGACACCAUGCCAAACCUGUGUCCUUGGCCUGGUCGCCUGAUAAUGAGCACUUUGCCACUGGUGGGAUGGACAUGUUGGUUUUUGUCUGGACGAUCAGCGAUGAAGAAAGAAGAAUCAAAAUCCAAGACCCUCACCGGUUGCACCACAUCAGCAGCUUGGCUUGGGUGGAUGAGCACACUCUAGUGACUACUUCCUAUGAUGCCACCAUCAAGCAAUGGACUAUUACAUACUGAGCUGCAAGCAGACAAAUAUCCACAUCUCCAGGGACGAGGACUUCUUAUCACUUUUUUCUCGCUUCCUUUCUUUCUUUCUUUCUUUUUAUUAUUAAAUGUAUUUUCACACUCUAGAUGGUAGUUUUGCCGUCUGUAAACAUCAGAAUUGUAAAUGAGAAUGGACAGGAAAAGCUCCCAACAAACAGGUUAUCCAAGGAGAGAUCGCUUUGAUGCAAACGACCGUCACUAACACCAACAUGAAGUGUAAAACAUAAGCACAUGUGCUUUUACAUUUCAUAACAGACCCAGUCAAAUACCAUGCAAGAUCAACAUUCCAUAGCUUCAAACUGAAACCAUUGUCUGUGGUUCGAGCUGAAGCGUCCGAACCAGGAUGGUUUUUUUUUGUUUGUUUUUUUUAAACAUGGCCCUAACUGCAUUAUUAACCUGUCACUUUUUUUAUUUUAUGGGAUUGGGUGUUGUCUUUUUUCCCUCUUUCUUUAUAUGAUCUAUAACUCUUCCUGGUGGACUGGGGAGCAAGGGUAGGGACUGAAAGAACAAAGUAUAUAUAUUUAAUAUUGGGCUAUGAUAAAGGAUUAUUUUCAUUAUGGAUUAAUCUGUCGAUUCAUUUGGUCCUUAAAAUUUCUGAAAAUUCAGUUUUACCCAAAUUUCAAAGAGCAAAGAAACCAGAACAUGUUCAAACUUAAGGAGCUGAAGAAUCUAUAACUUCUAUGACGAGAAGAAAAAAACCCAAAUGAUUCAUUGAUAAUCAAAACAAUGCGGCUUUCAAUUAAUGAUUAAUGAUUUUGUGCAGUCCUGAUACAGUUUUGAGGUGGUGUCUGUUCACCUGGACAUCUGUACUGUUACUGGCUUAUAUUUUGAAUGCUUGUCUCCCUAGUUUUCAUAUCUUUAUGCAUCUGCUUCCAAAGUAGAAAUGAUUAAUUGAUGAUGAUAAUAACACUGUAUGCAUUUUGAGUUCCACGUACAUUUGUACUCAUGCUUAUCAAACACAUUAUGUGCAUUUGUGCUCAGAGGAAAUCAUCAAAAAUGACUUCAUGUUCAGGAACACACUGCACUGUGGUGCAGUGUAAUGAUGACCAGUAGGGGGCUCUGUAGUGUAAAUGCAGAGCCUCUUAUCUUACAGGAUGUUGGUGUCAAUCAGUGAGUUCAUUGUAAUUGAUCCCUGAAAUUAAACAUCUGACAUAAAUGUCACCGCAGCGUCCUUUUAGUUCAGUGUUAUUGUAGAUUAAAGCAGAAAUGCUUGAAGAAAAGAAGGAACCUCCAACAGUCCAACGCUUUACUGUUCACCCAAAGAAAAAUUUGCAGUGACAAACUUUGCAGUGAAGUAAUCCCUGAUGUUCACAGUGAAACAAAUGGUUAACAUGCAUGUAUAAUUUUGUCGAGAUUAAUGUUUAAACCCAUUAAAACGUGACUCAUCAAUCA